UUUGCCCGAGCUUAGAGAAUCGUGUCUCAUAACGCGGAGACUGCACGCUCGCGAUCUUUUCUCUCGCAACAACGUAUCGCGAUUUUCCUUUCCCUUUCUCCUCCAUCUUCGUGUUUUCUCUUCUCUCUUUCGCAUUCUUACCGCUGGAACGCUAAUUUCGGACCGUUCGGCUCAAAACGAUUCUUUAUUCAAACCGGAUCUUGUUUGUUGGGGCUCGAAAUAUUUUUUCGUCCAGGUUUUUUAUAUUUUUAUUUUUUUCAAAGCGAUGAAAAACUUUUCCUAACACCACCUCGACGCUCAGCUGCGAUGGAUUAAAAUGUGAAGAGUGUCAAGUGAAUCACCUUUUUUAUGACAACUUCGGUGCGUACGUUCAAGACUCGACUUUAUUGAUAUUUGUUCGAUCGAUAAGCGCACCCCCGCAGAGAUGGUGAAAUCCUGACUCGAGUGGCCGGAGCUUUCGGAUUUAAGAGAAGUUUGAAAUCGGUAAAUUCUUGUGAUGUCCCACGGGCAACGAUUGCCCGGAAUGACUGCUCCGGAUGCGUCGUCGAGACUUGACAAUUCCUGUGGGGUAGAAGAGAUAGAAAAAAUGGCACCCGACGAAGAAGCUGAAGCGAAAGUUCCGCCUGAGUUCACGCCUCUCGACAGGCUGCAAGCGGUCGUAGAUUGGAUGGGAGCGAAUAUGUUGAUGCUGUUGACUGUGGCUGGUGUCAUGGUCGGCCUCAUACUUGGUUUUCUUGGACGUUUGGCCGAUUUUUCGCCCAGCUCGAUAUUGCUCAUCAGUUUUCCAGGAGAGAUUCUAACUCGUUCCUUAAAAAUGUGCAUACUGCCUCUCAUUAUUUCAUCACUGAUUACCGGAAUGGCUCAAUUAGACCUUAGAUGCUCAGGACGAAUGGGCGCUCGAGCCCUCAUUUAUUAUCUCGUAACAACUGUUUUGGCAGCGAUUGUAGGAAUCGUAAUGGUUUUGCUCAUACACCCGGGCGAUCCAAGAAGCAAAAGCUUGCAUCACAACACGUACAAAGAAGAAAUUAAGGUUUCUACGACAGACGCAAUCCUGGAUAUAAUCAGGAACAUGCUGCCGGAGAAUCUGGUGCAGGCUUGCUUCCAGCAAGUGCAAACAACGUACACGAAAAGGCCAGUCGUUGUUUUUGGGGAUGGUAACGUGGACGAGUUCGUGAUGGAACACAGCCUCGUUUACAAGGAUGGCACAAACGUCAUGGGCAUGAUCGUUUUCUGCAUCACUUUUGGCCUCAUCGUCGGACAAACCGGGCCACGUGGUAAAGUCAUGAUGGACUUUUUCACAAUCCUCAAUGACAUUAUUAUGAAACUCGUAAACAUAAUAAUUUUGUGGUACUCGCCUUUUGGGAUAAUGUGCCUGAUAGCCGGUAAAAUAAUGUCGAUCGUAAAUCUGGCUGAAACAGCGAGAAUGUUGGGCCUUUAUAUGGUGACUGUUGUCGCUGGUCUUCUGAUCCAUGCGAUCAUAACUUUACCAGCCAUUUUCGGAAUUUUAACUCGUCAAAAUCCCGCAAUUUUUUUCAAGGGCAUGCUUCAAGCUUGGAUUACAGCACUGGCAACGGCUUCGAGCGCUGCUACCUUGCCUGUUACUUUUCGUUGUUUGGAAGAGAACAACAAGAUUGACCCGCGAGUUACAAGAUUCGUUGUGUCUGUCGGUGCAACGGUGAAUAUGGACGGAACAGCUUUGUACGAAGCUAUAGCUGCGAUUUUCAUUGCACAAAUGAACGGUAUUUCGCUGGGAUUCGGCCAAGUAAUUACAGUGAGUUUGACAGCAACUUUGGCAAGCGUAGGUGCCGCGAGUAUUCCGAGUUCGGCAUUGAUCACAAUGGUAUUAAUACUGACGUCGCUAGGGCUGCCGAUAGACGACAUAUCAUUGCUAUUUGCAGUUGAUUGGCUUUUGGAUCGACUGAGAACGUCGAUAAACGUACUCGGGGAUGGUUACGGAGCGGGGAUAGUUUAUCAUCUGAGUAAAGAAGAGCUUGAAAAAAUGGACAGUGACCGAAAAAUAGAGUAUCUCGAAAUGGGCAUGUUCCCGAGUUCAGCACCGCUCGUUUUCAAGUUCGAUGAGACUCACGAUACUGCCGUUACGAAGGACGACACAAAGAUUUAAAUUUGCUAAACUUUCAGUGACGAAAACCCCCUUUUUUAUCUUCAAUUUUACACAACAUAGAAUAUUCUAUUUAUUUUAUUAUUCGUAUUUAAUAAGGGCUUCGAAUUUCAUACUGUGAACAAUAAAGUUGAAACGAAUCCCAUCGAA